GUUAGAUCGGCAGUCAUUGUUCCAAGCAGGUUGAGCAUUUCCACUGCCAUAUCUACCCCAGCCCUUUCACACUCUUUUCAGUCUGAUCCUCCUGCUGGUUUUGGUCAAGAGAUCUCCUGUGUGCCUAUUCCCUACCAUCCACGCCAUGAAGUGGAACGCCAUUCUCGCCGCCUCUGGGCUGCUGUCGCCCACCCAGGCUUUGCUUCGGUUUGGGUGCUCCCAGCUGACAGUACAGAGGCUAGAUCCGUUGGUGAAUCCCGGCCAAAGCCCAUCGCCCCAUCUUCAUCAAAUUAUUGGAGGUAACUCUUUCAAUAUCUCCAUGGACCCGAAAGACGGGUUCGAUCUCCCCAAGCUCUCAACAUGCACGUCUUGCCAGUUCACCGAAGACUUUUCCAAUUAUUGGACAGCCGUUAUGUUCUUCCGUGCCAGGAAUGGCACCUUUAAGAGAGUACCCCAGAUUGCCCAGAAUGGUAUGGAGGGAACCAACGGCGGCAUGGUUGUUUACUACAUGAGCGAUGCCCUUUUUGACACAGCACAAAAGUCAAAGGUCACCGCCUUCAAGCCCGGCUUUCGCAUGCUGGUCGGCGACCCAUCAUACAGCACGCGAGACCAAGCCAGAGACUGGCGCCAACUGACCUUUACCUGCAUGGAGAGCCAGGCCAGCCGUGCCCCCGAGUACAUCAGCUUCCCCCCAACUCCCUGCCGCGGUGGAAUCAUGGCGAACCAUCGAUUCCCGACUUGCUGGGAUGGUGUCAACCUGGAUUCUCCCAACCACAGAGACCAUGUUGCCUACCCCGAGACAGGCACAUUUGAGUCCGGAGGCCGAUGCCCAGCUUCCCAUCCUGUGCGGCUGCCCCAGAUCUUGCUCGAAACAGUGUGGGACACGCGUGCCUUUAACAACAAGGAAGACUGGCCUGCUGAUGGCAGCCAGCCAUUUUUCUGGUCGAGCGGAGAUGGCAGUGGCUUCGCCAAUCAUGCCGAUUACGUCUUUGGCUGGGAGGGGGACUCGCUCCAAAGAGCCAUGGACGCGCACACCUACGUCAGCGCGCCCAUGCUCAAGACUCAGACCAUUGCACAGCAGAACAAGUGCACUGUUCGUGAUUUCGUCAGAGAGGACUUUUCAGGAUGGCUCAAACAAUUGCCGGGCGUUGCUAUGUAAACGAGGGUACGCGAAGAUCAGGGUGGCAGGGGGGGUCUUUAUUGCGAGAACAAUCAUGUUUAAGCACGGAAACAGUCCGUUGGUCUACCUAGUCUGACUACCCUCCAUGAACUAGUCUUACUCAGCAGCAUAGUAGAUAGACAUCUGGACGUCGAAAUGCCUCA